GGCCGCGCGAGCCCGGGAGGAACGCGGCGGCGGUGGCAGCAGGAAAGGCGCGAGCGGAGGCGGAGGCGGGUGUCCACUGGGUAGUCGGCCCGGCAGCAGCCGGGCCCCCGGACGCAGGACGUGGCCCCAGGUAGCCCUUGCAGCUCAGUGCUGUAGCCAGGGCAAGCCCGCGCCUCCGCCUGCUGGACUGGCCCGGGCGAGAUGUAGGGCGCUGGGCGCGGAGGCCGCCGGUGCGGCGGGGGAACGCGGAGGGCGCGCCGAGGAUGGAGAGAGCGAUGGAGCAACUCAACCGCCUUACGCGCUCUCUGCGCCGCGCGCGCACCGUGGAGUUGCCCGAGGGUCUGUUUCUGAACUACUAUCAAAUUCAAAAUUUGAUGUCAAUUAUGCGUUCGGACGUGUGAAAAGAAGCUUGCUUCACAUUGCAGCAAAGUGGGAGAAUGAUUUUUACCUACAGUCUCCUAGUAUGUAAUCAAUCAGUUAACUAACUGGUACCUAUCCUCUUUUCAGGAUUUAGUUGUGGAUCGGUGGAAUGCUUGGUUUUGUUGUUAAAGAAAGGAGCAAAUCCUAACUAUCAAGAUAUUUCAGGCUGUACACCCCUUCAUCUGGCAGCAAGAAAUGGGCAGAAGAAAUGUAUGAGUAAAUUAUUAGAAUAUAGUGCUGAUGUCAACAUUUGUAAUAAUGAAGGCCUUACAGCAAUACACUGGCUGGCUGUGAAUGGGCGGACAGAACUACUCCAUGACCUUGUGCAGCAUGUCAGUGAUGUUGAUGUUGAGGAUGCCAUGGGGCAGACAGCACUGCAUGUUGCCUGCCAGAACGGUCACAAGACGACAGUGCAAUGCUUGCUAGACAGUGGUGCUGAUAUUAACAGGCCAAAUGUAUCAGGAGCAACUCCAUUGUACUUUGCUUGCAGUCAUGGUCAGAGAGAUACAGCACAGAUUCUACUACUACGAGGGGCCAAAUAUCUGCCAGAUAAAAAUGGAGUAACUCCUCUGGAUUUAUGUGUACAGGGUGGAUAUGGAGAGACUUGUGAAGUGUUAAUUCAGUAUCACCCGAGGCUUUUUCAGACUAUUAUUCAAAUGACACAGAAUGAAGACCUCCGAGAAAACAUGUUACGGCAAGUUCUGGAGCACUUGUCUCAGCAAAGUGAAAGUCAGUACCUAAAGAUUCUAACAAGCCUUGCUGAAGUUGCUACAACAAAUGGUCAUAAACUGCUUAGCCUAUCUAGCAAUUAUGAUGCUCAAAUGAAGAGCCUUUUAAGGAUUGUGAGAAUGUUCUGUCACGUCUUUCGAAUUGGUCCAUCCUCCCCCAGUAAUGGAAUUGAUAUGGGCUACAAUGGGAAUAAAACUCCAAGAAGCCAGGUGUUCAAGCCUCUGGAAUUGCUUUGGCACUCAUUAGAUGAAUGGCUAGUUUUAAUAGCCACAGAAUUGAUGAAAAACAAAAGAGACUCAACAGAGAUCACUUCUAUUUUACUGAAACAAAAAGGCCAAGAUCAAGAUGCUGCUUCCAUUCCUCCAUUUGAACCUCCAGGACCUGGGAGCUAUGAAAAUCUGUCCAGUGGCACAAGGGAAUCUAAACCAGAUGCUCUUGCAGGGAGACAGGAAGCCAGUGCAGAUUGUCAGGAUGUUAUUUCUAUGACAGCCAACCGGCUAAGUGCUGUCAUUCAAGCUUUUUACAUGUGCUGUUCUUGUCAGAUGCCUCCAGGAAUGACUUCACCUCGUUUCAUUGAAUUUGUCUGCAAACAUGAUGAAGUUUUAAAAUGCUUUGUUAAUAGAAAUCCCAAAAUUAUAUUUGACCACUUUCACUUUCUCCUUGAAUGUCCUGAGUUGAUGUCAAGAUUCAUGCAUAUCAUAAAAGCACAGCCUUUUAAAGAUCGCUGUGAAUGGUUCUAUGAACAUCUGCAUUCAGGACAGCCAGAUUCAGACAUGGUGCAUAGGCCAGUGAAUGAACACGAUAUCCUGCUGGUUCACAGAGAUUCUAUUUUUAGGAGUAGCUGUGAAGUUGUGUCAAAAGCAAAUUGUGCAAAGCUAAAGCAAGGGAUUGCUGUACGGUUCCAUGGAGAAGAAGGCAUGGGUCAAGGUGUUGUGCGUGAAUGGUUUGAUAUUCUGUCCAAUGAGAUAGUCAAUCCUGAUUAUGCAUUGUUUACCCAGUCAGCUGAUGGAACAACUUUUCAGCCUAAUAGCAACUCUUACGUAAAUCCUGAUCACUUGAACUAUUUUCGGUUUGCUGGGCAGAUCUUGGGAUUAGCAUUGAACCAUAGGCAGCUGGUCAAUAUUUACUUCACACGAUCCUUCUACAAGCACAUUCUUGGUAUUCCUGUAAAUUACCAAGAUGUGGCAUCCAUUGAUCCAGAAUAUGCCAAAAAUUUGCAAUGGAUUUUAGAUAAUGAUAUAAGUGAUCUGGGUCUAGAACUAACUUUUUCUGUUGAGACUGAUGUGUUUGGAGCAAUGGAAGAGGUGCCUUUGAAACCUGGGGGUGGGAGUAUUCUUGUGACACAGAAUAACAAAGCGGAGUACGUCCAGCUUGUUACUGAACUUCGAAUGACAAGAGCCAUUCAGCCUCAGAUCAAUGCCUUUUUACAGGGCUUUCAUAUGUUCAUUCCACCCUCCCUCAUACAGCUUUUUGAUGAAUAUGAAUUGGAGCUACUGCUUUCUGGCAUGCCAGAAAUUGAUGUGAGUGAUUGGAUAAAAAAUACGGAAUACACAAGUGGCUAUGAAAGAGAAGAUCCAGUUAUUCAGUGGUUCUGGGAAGUUGUAGAAGACAUUACUCAAGAGGAGAGAGUUCUUCUCUUGCAGUUUGUUACUGGCAGAUAUAAACUCUUAGUUCCAGGGUCCCACAUGGUGGGUUUGCUAAUAUCAUGGGUGGAAGUGGAUUGCAAAACUUUACAAUCGCUGCUGUGCCAUAUACUCCAAAUCUUUUACCAACUUCAAGCACAUGCAUCAACAUGCUCAAGUUACCUGAAUACCCAAGUAAGGAAAUACUCAAGGACAGACUUCUUGUGGCACUACAUUGUGGCAGCUAUGGUUACACAAUGGCAUAAUGAAGUCUGGAAAACUCAUCUGACUACUGAUGCACAAUUCAGAAUGGCAGAAGUAAUUUGGGAAAAUGUCAACAAAAAAGCAGCCUAAAUGCAACCCAUAGGCAGGGCUGAUGCUUCAAAUUUAUAAAAGAUCAUCAGGUUUUCUGUUUCUGUCUUUUCCCUUUUAUGUUUUCUCUGUUUGUGAUACAAUUAGAAAAUAUAAAAUCACAGUAGAUUUUA